UAAGUUAGCACCGUUUUGCGUUCAAUUCAGUAGGUUUUGGAACGCCGCUGAGCGCAGCUGCACAAAUUUAGAAAACGUUUAGUUUAGUCAACAGCAACAACAUCAAUUAGCAGCAACAACAGCAGCGAGAAGAAGCAGCAGAAGUCGAAGCUAGAAACAUGGCGGUCUUUGGCAUGGUCUCGGCUGUCUCCAGCUUCAUCAAGAUACGCUAUCUGCUGGACAAGGCGAUCAUCGAUAACAUGGUCUUUCGCUGCCAUUAUAGGAUUACCACAGCCAUACUCUUCACCUGUUGCAUUAUUGUUACGGCCAACAAUUUGAUUGGUGAUCCGAUUAGCUGCAUUAAUGACGGCUCCAUACCUAUGCAUGUGAUCAACACCUUCUGCUGGAUAACAUAUACCUUCACGAUACCUGGCCAACAGCACAGGCAAAUUGGCACCGAUGUGGCUGGGCCUGGAUUGGGCAACGAAUAUGGACAGGAGAAACGCUACCAUAGCUACUAUCAGUGGGUGCCAUUCGUGCUCUUCUUCCAGGGUCUCAUGUUCUAUGUGCCCCACUGGAUCUGGAAGAAUAUGGAGGAUGGCAAGAUUCGCAUGAUAACGGAUGGUUUGCGUGGCAUGGUCUCGGUGCCGGAAGAUUAUCGCAAGGAACGGCAGGAUCGCAUCAUUAAAUACUUUAUGGAAAGUCUCAACUCACACAACGGCUACUCCUUUGCGUAUUUCUUCUGCGAACUGUUGAACUUCAUCAAUGUCAUUGUCAAUAUCUUCAUGGUGGAUAAGUUUCUGGGCGGUGCUUUUAUGUCCUAUGGUACUGAUGUCCUCAAGUUCUCCAAUAUGGAUCAGGACAUGCGCUACGACCCGAUGAUUGAGAUCUUUCCAAGAUUAACGAAAUGUACGUUCCGCAAAUUCGGCCCAAGUGGCUCCAUACAGAAACACGAUACGCUCUGCGUGCUGGCCCUCAAUAUACUCAACGAGAAGAUCUACAUAUUCCUAUGGUUCUGGUUCAUUAUAUUGGCUACCAUUUCGGGCGUGGCUGUGCUCUAUUCCCUGGUGGUCAUCAUGAUGCCCACCACACGCGAAACAAUCAUCAAGCGCUCCUAUCGAUCGGGUCAGCGCAAGGAAAUCGCUGGACUCGUGCGACGUUUGGAGAUUGGCGACUUCUUGAUCUUGCAUUUCCUUAGCCAGAAUCUUACCACACGGUCGUACGGCGAUAUGCUGCAUCAGCUAUGCGGCUUGCUGGGUGCCUCCCGUACACCCUCCGCCCCCUCGACGUUGGAAAUGAAUCCGAUUAGCCAUUCAAUUUACCCGCCCGCCGAGCUGUUCGGCGGCAAGGAGACCGAGACAUAGGCGCUAAAGCAAUUAAAUUGGCGCUAAUUUUAAACAAAACAAACAAAAUAUUUCAAUGAUUUCUCAAUAAUAUUUGUAGACGAUGUAGAGAUGUGACCGAUUGGAGGGGUUUUUUUAGGUGUUCUAGGCUUGUAGGCUUUCUAAUAUAUAACAUAUAUAUGUGUCAAUAUAUAUAUAUAUAUAUAUAUACUUGUAUGUACAUCUCUAAGACUGUUUUUUAAGUUGAAACUUGAAUUUGAGGAAACUUUAGAAAAAAACAAAAUCGAAAACGAAAACAGAACAUCAACAUAUAUGGAAUUCUUUAGCAAAAUUAUAUAACGCAAAAGCCGUUAGACACAGUGAAAAAGAGAGAGAGAGACAGAGAUGAUGAUGAGAAAGUGCAAGCUAAGAUAGGGAAAGAUAAUGAAAGAUAGAAAGAGAGAGAACACACAGGCAGACCGUGCAAUUUGUAGGCUGGAUUUGUGAAUGAUAAUGAAAUUGAUCCGAUAUGCUUAUACUGCUACCUAUUACAGCAUUGUAUCCGUAGUAAAGUUAACAAUGAUGCGCCAUUUAAAUAUAUAUACAAUAUAGUCUAUAGUUUUUUGCUCUUUGAUCACGCCAAGAUCGCAGCUCACGCAACGUUGAUCUAUAUUAAUUUAAAUGUAGAUCCAUACACAGUAGGAGACAUACUUACAGCUAAAUUGUAGUAAUUGAAUUAUAUAACCGUAACAGUAACAAAAAGCAAUUGCUCUCGCUAUUUUUGUCUUAUCUUUUAGACAUUUAUACAUAUGUACGUAAUUUUAAGCAAUUUUGUUUAUAACAAAAUCAUUGUGAUUACUGCUAGAAAAGAACACAUUUUACAUAAAUAAAAAAUAAACUAUCUAAGUUUUAAAUUGUAACAAA